AUAUUAUUUUUGAACUCUAAGGCUAAAACCCCAACAUCACACAUCGUGUGUCCUCUCAUUGAUUAAAGUCACCGAAACGUUCAAUAUCUCCGACCGACUAGACGGGGAUUUUUCUCUCCAUUAAAACGCCUUUUUUUCUCUUGGAAAAGUGUUCUUGUUUCCUAUCCUUACACGGAUCGGAAGCUAAUUACAACCUAAUUCUCCGAUUCCACCUUCACUCUGAAAAUUUCCCGGUUGUAUUUCUCUUCCGUUCGCUGGAUCAGCCAUUGAUUCGUUUGAAUUUCUCUGUUACUCCUCAAUCAUCUAGCAAAAUGAGCUCCAUCUCUCUCUCCAAUUCACAUCCUCUUGCGCGCCCUUAUCCUCAUCAUCUUCCUCACUCUCACCGUCAACAAUGGUGCUCCCGCCCUCUGCUUUCGACCAAUUCUCUUUCUAAGCUACACCGGUUUGGGAUCUCCGACCGAUUCCCCGCUCGACCUCCCUUGCCUUUGGUUCUUGCUUCUUCUGGAGCUGGCGUCGUUGAUUCCUUUCCGCUCAGAGGAACAUAUACGGUUGGUGAUUUUAUGACGAGAAAGGAGAAUCUAUAUGUUGUUAAACCUACAACAACAGUUGAUGAAGCAUUAGAGGUCUUGGUGGAAAAGAGAAUAACUGGCUUUCCUGUUGUCGAUGAUGAUUGGAAUCUGGUUGGAGUUGUCUCAGAUUAUGACUUAUUAGCACUUGAUUCCAUUUCAGGUGGUACUCAGAGUGAUACCAAUCUGUUUCCUGAUGUGGAUAGUUCGUGGAAAACAUUCAAUGAGAUCCAGAAACUGCUCUGUAAAACAAAUGGUAAAGUUGUUGGAGACCUAAUGACAUCUUCUCCACUAGCUGUUCGUGAAACUUCAAAUUUAGAAGAUGCUGCCAGGUUGUUGCUUGAAACAAAAUAUCGUCGAUUGCCGGUAGUCGAUGCUGAUGGCAAGCUGGUGGGGAUCAUUACUAGGGGAAAUGUUGUUAGAGCUGCUUUGCAAAUAAAACGAGCUGCUGAGAGGUCAACAUAAUUCUAGAAAUUUUCGCAGGUGCCGCUUUGAGGUAAAUGCUACUAGGAAGCGUAUCAUUAUUUGUAGAUCACGAUUGUAGUGCCUUAUAGUUUACGUCGGGUUUGGAUUGUUACAAAUAUAUGAACUUGUGUUUUCCAUCCUGAAGUAAACUAGAGGUUGAAAGGGAAGUUUAUUGAUUCUCUAAGAUUCUUUCUUCCCAAUUUCCUAACUAAGAAAUGUCGGUCUAUGUCAAUAUUUGGGUAUCCCAGCAUUUCAGGUCAUCCCACUGAAAGAUUUCUCUAUUAAGUUUGUCAUUUCAGUUGGAACCUCAUUUUCUAAAUUUUUCUAAUACAUUUUGAAUAUGAUUAGCAUCUGUGUA